UUAGCAGGAUAGCUAACACCUAAGCUAGUGAGAAGUGUUAGCGGCAGGCCUUGUACCUCGUCUGUGUAGAUUUUGAUACUUAUUUCACAUCUUAUUUUACCCCUUGCCAAGAUGAUGGACUCAAAUGACGGAGGUCGAGGAGGAUGGAAGCACAAGUCUCUCCAGCCUCAGAAAAGUAAAAUGAAUAUGAAUAUUCUCCGCCAAGAGAAGCUUAUAGCGCAGAAGAAAAAGGAGAUUGAGGAAAAAAUGGCAGAGCGGGCUAAAAUGAAUGAGCAAACAGCGAGCAAAUCCCUUCCACCAAGUUACAUCAGUCCCCAAUCAGCCUCUUCAAACAAGUUUGCAAAUGAUGGGAGCUUCUUGCAACAGUUUAUGAAGAUGCAGAAGGAGAAAUCCAACAGUGUUUCCGGUUCCACUGGUGACAGUAAACCCCCCUCAGUCUCAACUUCAUCGCCACUUGGAAACACGCUACAAAAAAAGAGCAUUCUUGUUGGAAAGAGGCCUGGUCUUGGACUCGGCAGCAUGCUUAGUCAGUUUAAGAGCUACUCACAAUCUAAGAAGAACCCUGUUCUCAGCCAGAGGCCAAGUGUGUUUUGUUCUCCAGAGGGUGAAGAUGAGGGAGAAGAGGCUGAUUACUCCAGAUUCAUAGAGAUGAAAGUCUCUCCCCCAGAGGAUUCAGACACCAGACUCAUUAUCGACAAGAUGGCCUCUUUCGUGGCGGAGGGGGGACCUGAGCUUGAGAGAAAGGCUAAGGAGGACUACAAGGACAAUCCUGUUUUCACAUUUUUAUAUGAUAAAAGCAACAGUGAUUAUCUCUACUACAAAAAGAAAGUCGCAGAAUUGAGAAGGGAUUUGCUAAAACCUGAGAAUACUUCAGAUAAUGUCUCCCCCCCAGUGGACGCGGAAACCCAGCAGGUGGCUGAGAAUCUGGCUCGGUUUGUGGCUGAGUGUGGACCUGAGAUGGAAGCCAUCGCUGCUGAGCGUAACAGAGACAAUCCUGCCUUCAGUUUUUUAUAUGAGCAUCAAAGUCCAGCCUAUCGUUACUACAAGGAGAAACUACAGGAGUACCGUGCCUCCCAGACAUCAUUUCCAGCAGAGCAACAGCAUCCAGCAGCUCCUCAGUUACCAGGAAACUCUCCAUCAUUGAAUCCUGAGUCUCUCUCACGCAGUCAAGAGGUAGAAACGCCACCUGUAAAGCGGAAGAGAAAAAGUCGAUGGGGGUCUGAAGAUGAUAAAGUUGAGUUGCCCAUUCCUCCAAUUAUCAUCCCUCAGGAGGUUAAUGUUCAAGACCCUGACGCACCAUCGCUCUCUGCCCAAGAGCUCAGAGGUCUUGGUUAUAAGAAAGGGAAGCCUCUCGGCCUGGUAGGAGUUACAGAACUGUCUGAAGACCAGAAGAGACAGCUCAAAGAACAACAAGAGAUGCAAGAAAUGUAUGAAAUGAUCAUGAAGCACAAGCGUGCAAUGGCAGAGAUGCAAGUGAUGUGGGAGAAGGCCAUGAGAGAGCACCAACAUGAAUAUGACAGUGAUGAAGAAGUAGAUCAGGAAGCAGGCACCUGGGAGCAUCGCCUCAGAAAGAUGGAAAUGGAGAAGACGCGUGAGUGGGCAGAAUCUCUGACAGAAAUGGGUAAAGGGAAACACUUCAUCGGUGACUUCCUGCCUCCUGAAGAGCUAGAGAAGUUCAUGGAGACCUUCAAGGCGCUAAAGGAAGGUCGGGAUCCAGACUACUCGGAGUACAAAGAGUUUAAGUUGACAGUGGAAAAUCUUGGUUUCCGAAUGCUUAUGAAGAUGGGGUGGAAGGAAGGUGAAGGCCUUGGCAGUGACGGACAGGGCAUCAAGGCUCCUGUCAACAAGGGAAUCCAAGCUAUGAAUGGAGCAGGUUUUGGAAUUGAUCGUCCGGCCGAGCUCACAAAAAACGAUGAUGAAUAUGAUGCUUACAGAAAGAGGAUGAUGCUUGCGUACCGCUUCAGGCCGAACCCACUGAAUAAUCCACGGAGACCUUAUUACUGAGUUAAAGGACUGUUCUUGUCUGUACUUGUCAUAUUUUAAUAUCUGCGUGUUGGAGAUACCACAGUUCUGUCCAGUUGUGAAAACAGACACUGCUGCUCAGUGUAAAUGUGGAAAUUUGGAAUGUGUGCAUGUGUGGGAGGGUAAUGUAGUUGAUAUGGUUUAAAAUAAAAUGUCUUGUCUCCCUUACAACAAUGGUUUAAUCCAGUUGUGAAAAAACGUGAAUGCUUGUUUUGUUACAUCUCAAUUUAUCUCUGUAACAAGUUCAAAUUCAUAAAUUGAUGUAGAUUAUGAUUUUACUCUGGUUUCAUUUUCCUGUGUUUUGGUAUUGUUGGCUAAAUAAUGGAGCAGUGUUUGCAAUAACCAAAUGUCUGUAUAAUUUAUGCCUACAGUCAUUUUCUUCAUCCACAUGAACAUUUGCUCCAGUUUAUUAUAUGCCCCAGUAUUCACAAUAAAAUUACCUCAACUAAAA